CUCCAGCCGGCCACCUUAUCCGUACCACUAUGUGUUCCUGCGUGAGAGAAGCCGACUCUUGUUUACAGCAGAGAUUCCACGGAGGAGCGGAGACCCGCAGCCUGCGUUGACCGUGGGACUUCACUCGCUGGAUUUACGCGCAACGGGACUUUUCGGCGUUCUCUCGUUUUUUGGACCCUGUCUGAGGAUAAAAGGCUGAAGCGUUUCAAAGGCAACUCCUCGGGACAUGUCCUCCCUCGCACUCCGAGCCGAGGUCGUCUAGCAGGAGCGAGCAAGGAGCGAGCAGGAGACCCAUUCUCCUCCUGCGUGGCACAAGUCUGGUAUUUUUCUGUCAGCUGCGAAUCCCUGACUGGCGGCGCAGCGAGGUCCGAGGGGUUUUGUUUUCUGGACUGGCCUGGUUGUGGAUCGAGAUCCCGUGCUGCCUGAAUGGCAUAGGCUAGGAUAAUAACAAAUCAAAUAGAAAUAGAAGGGGUUUUCAUUCAUUUCCCCCCCAGCCUCGCAGCCACCACCCCUCUGGAUCUGGACGUUAUUUUCUGCCGCCACCCUAACCUCUCUCUCUCUCUCUCUCUCUCUCUCUCUCCCCCUCUCCACCCUUCCUCACCAUUCUCCCUGGGCUAACUCACCAUGUUCUGUGGACGCUGCUGGCGAUAAAAAUAAACCCUUCACAUUAUCUUUGACACAUAUAUUCAUUUCGUUUGUUUACCGCCAGGCCCCGGAUCGCACCGUGUAACGCGCACUCGCUGUUUUCAAGAGAUGGAGACUGAAGAUGGGGAUUACCAUCAUUUAUCCAGUCAAAUCACUGGCAUGUGUGCCACACCAGCAUCCAAGUAUCCUGUGAUUGGCAAAAACAGGAGGCUCUUUUAAUAUAUUUAUAGUUUUUCUUUUUUUUUUUGCUCUCCAUGGGAGCUCUAUAACAAUUCCUACACAUUCAUUUCGAUUUAAAAAAAAAAAAAUAUAUAUAUUCUAGAUCAAAUCCUGGUAGACAAGCAACCACGCUUUUGCAUGCUACCAUAGAGAAGCCACCUGGGCUACACACACACACACGCAUACAUUUAUUUUUCUCAGUUUAAAAAUCGUAUUAAAGCUCUAUUUUUCCCAGAGGAUUUUUAUUUUUUAAAAUUCCGCUUUGGUCCCUUUUGCCUUAUUUUGUAUUUCUGAGAGGAGAAUAAUGUUGAGGACCAUGAGAUCUGACUCACUGAUGGGUAGCACGACCUUGUUUUGGAGUCUGAUGCUGUCUGUCUCCACUGUCUGCAUAUGGCCCACGUAUGGAGAGAUUUGUGGUCCGAGUAUCGACAUCCGAAAUGACAUCAGUGAGUUCAAGCGGCUGGAGAACUGCACGGUGGUGGAGGGCUACCUGCAGAUCCUCCUCAUCAACGACAAGACCAACAACAUCCAUCCAGAGGCUUUCAGCUCCCUCAGCUUCCCCAAGCUGACCGUCAUCACGGACUACCUGCUGCUGUUUCGCGUCUCUGGCCUGGACAGCCUCAGCAUGCUCUUCCCAAAUCUGAGCGUCAUCCGUGGGCGCCAGCUCUUUUACAACUACGCCCUCGUGAUCUAUGAGAUGACCAGCCUGAAGGACAUUGGCCUGUACAACCUGAGGAACAUCACCCGGGGAGCCUUGAGGAUUGAGAAGAACCCGGAGCUCUGCUACCUUGACUCGGUGGACUGGUCUCUCAUUAUGUAUUCGGAGUUCAACAACAUUAUCAAUGGAAAUAAGAAGGCUAAGGAGUGCGACAAUGUCUGUCCAGGAAUCAUGGAGGAUAACCCACUUUGUCAGAGGACGUCGUUCAAUGACAACUACGACUACCGCUGCUGGACCUCUUACCAGUGCCAGAAAGUUUGCCCAGAACACUGCAAGCACGCCUGCACCGACAAGGGGGAGUGUUGCCACAGCCAGUGCCUGGGCAGCUGCACCGAACCCAACAACGACAUGGCCUGUUCCGCCUGCCUCCACUACUUCCACGAGGACCGCUGCGUGCCAGACUGCCCCCCGGGCACUUACAAGUUCGAGGGCUGGCGCUGCAUCACCAUGGACCUGUGCUCUCAAGUGCACCUGCCCGGCGACUCUCACUUUGUCAUCCACGGGGGAGAAUGUAUGCCCGACUGCCCCUCCGGCUUCACACGCAACGAGACUAAUCGAAUGUUUUGCAGCGCCUGCAACGGACUGUGCGACAAGGUCUGCAUACCCCACAUCAUCGACUCUGUGGAUGCUGCCCAGUCGCUGAAGGACUGCACCGUCAUCGAGGGCAAUCUGGACAUCAACAUUCGCCGUGGAAAUAACAUAGCGUCUGAGCUGGAGAGCUUCAUGGGAUUGAUCCAGACAGUGACGGGCUUUGUGAAGAUUCGACACUCCCACGCGCUUGGCUCGCUGUCCUUUCUCAAGAGCCUGCGUUUCAUCAAUGGGCAGGAGCUCAUCGACAACAUGUAUUCCUUCUCCACCAUCGACAACCAGCACUUGCAGUACCUGUGGGACUGGACUCAGCACAACCUGACUAUUCGAGCCGGACGCCUCUUCUUCCGCCUGAACCCCAAACUCUGCAUGUCUGAGAUCCACACCAUGUGGGAGAAGACGGGGAUCACCGUGAAGCCAGAGGAGGGGGAUUUCCGCAACAACGGCGAAAGAGCCAGCUGUGAAAGUCACACCCUCACGUUCAAGUCUAACGAAUCAACGAGUCACAUGAUCAAGCUGAUGUGGGAGCGCUACCAGCCGUCAGACCCCGGAGACCUCAUCAGCUUCAUCGUCUACUACAAGGAGUCGCCGUUCCAGAACAUCACCGAGUUCGACGGACAGGACGGCUGCGGCUCAAACAGCUGGCACAUGGUGGACGUGGAUCUUCCUCAGGAUGAAAACAGCGAACCCAACGUCAGUCUUCAGCACCUGAAGCCCUGGACCCAGUACGCCAUCUUCGUGAAGGCCAUCACCCUGCAGGUGGUGGGCAAACACAUCACUGGGGCAAAGAGUGACAUCAUCUACGUCCGCACACGCCCAGCGCCUCCUUCUGUGCCUAAAGACGCCCGCGCGUUCGCCAACUCCUCAACCAAGCUGGUGGUGAAGUGGUCGCCCCCCAUGUUUCCCAACGGCAACCUGACCUACUACCUGGUCCGCUGGCAGCAGCAGUCUGAGGACAGGGAGCUAUACCAACACAACUACUGCUCCAAAGAGCUGAAGAUCCCGAUCCGGAUCUCAGCGACAGGGCUCACAGACAUGGACGACAACACCAAGCCCACCAAGUCCGACUUGGCGGGGGGAGAGAAGGGCCCGUGCUGCGCUUGCCAGAAAACGCCCGAGGAGAAGGACCGGGAGAAGGACGACCGCGUCUUUCUGAAGAUUUUCGAGAACUUCCUCCACAAUGCCAUCUUUCUGCCGAGACCUCCAGACCGUCGACGCAGAGAUGUGUUCGGCGUGGCCAACGACACGCUGUUCCACGACAGCGCCGGGAAGGGGAACACCAGCCUCGGGCCGGGCAACAGUACGGAUGGCGUUCCUCCUAUUAGAGAGUAUCCGUUCUCAGAGGACAAGAGCGCAGCAGAAUAUUUAGACAUCCCCAACCUGCAGCCCUUCACAGUCUACCGCCUCGACAUCCACGCCUGCAAUGAGGAGGUGGGCCGCUGCAGCGCCGGAGCAUUCGUCUUCUCCAGGACCAAACCUGCAGUCAAAGCAGACGACAUCCCUGGAAAGGUGAUCUAUGAGCGGAGUGACAAGGUCGAGGGUUGUGUGCUGCUGCACUGGCUGGAGCCCAUCAUGCCCAACGGACUCAUCCUGAUGUAUGAGAUCAAGUUCCGUCUGGGGACUGAGCCUGAGAAACACGAGUGUGUGUCGCGGCACCACUACCGGGAGCACAGCGGAGCUCGUCUGACCAACCUCGGUUCAGGAAACUACUCUGCCCGUGUGCGCGCCACUUCUCUCGCAGGGAACGGCUCCUGGACGGAGAGCGUGUUCUUCUACGUGCCUCCACCCAAACGAGACGACGGUGUUGCCUUUUACUUGGUCAUCAUAAUCCCCAUCAUAGCGACGCUCGUCAUUGCCAGCCUCACCACAAUUCUCUUCUUUGUGAACAAAAAGAGGAACAGCGACAGACUGGGAAAUGGAGUCCUUUAUGCAUCUGUCAAUCCAGAAUACUUCAGUGCUGCUGAGAUGUACGUCCCGGACGAGUGGGAGGUAGCGAGGGAGAAGAUCACCAUGCACAAGGAGCUGGGCCAGGGCUCCUUCGGCAUGGUGUAUGAAGGUUUAGCCAAGGGUGUGGUCAAGGACGAGCCAGAGACGCGAGUGGCCAUCAAGACGGUCAACGAGACGGCGAGCAUGAGGGAGCGCAUCGAGUUUCUGAACGAGGCCUCCGUCAUGAAGGAGUUCAACUGUCACCAUGUGGUGCGGCUGCUGGGCGUGGUCUCACAGGGGCAGCCAACCUUAGUGAUUAUGGAGCUGAUGACACGAGGAGAUCUCAAGAGCCACCUGCGCUCGCUGCGCAAAGAAAACUCCACCACUCAGGUCCUACCCCCGCUCAAGAAAAUGACCCAGAUGGCGGGGGAAAUCGCUGACGGCAUGUCAUACCUAAACGCCAACAAAUUUGUCCACAGAGACCUGGCUGCCAGGAACUGCAUGGUAGCCGAGGACUUCACCGUGAAGAUCGGAGAUUUUGGCAUGACGAGAGAUAUUUACGAGACGGAUUACUACAGAAAAGGAGGGAAGGGCUUGCUGCCUGUCCGCUGGAUGUCUCCAGAGUCACUUAAGGAUGGCGUGUUCACUACGAUGUCUGAUGUCUGGUCGUUUGGCGUGGUGCUGUGGGAGAUCGCCACCUUAGCGGAGCAGCCCUACCAGGGCUUGACCAAUGAGCAAGUGCUGCGCUUCGUCAUGGAGGGAGGACUCCUGGACAAGCCUGACAACUGCCCUGACAUGCUGUUUGAGCUGAUGAGGAUGUGCUGGCAGUAUAACCCCAAGAUGCGUCCGUCCUUCCUGGAGAUUAUCAGCAGCAUCAAAGAGGAACUGGAUUCUCCCUUCAGGGAAAUGAGUUUCUUCUACAGUGAGGAGAACAAGCCGCCGGACACCGAGGAGCUGGACAUGGAGGUAGAAAACAUGGAGAACAUUCCACUGGACCCUGCAACCACCAGGCAGCCGUGUGCUGCCGCCGCCCCCUCGUCGGGUUGCACGGGAGGAACACCGCCUCCCUCUGCGCAGCAGUUAUCCCCCAUGCAAGGCCCGAGUACUCCUUUACUGGGACCUGUGUCUCCCUCCUCCCCGGGCCCGGCUGCCUCAGCCUUGGCGUCUCCGGGCCAAGCUUUGGACAAGCACUCAGGACAUGUCUCGGCCAACGGGCCUGUCGUGCUGCUGCGGCCCAACUUUGAUGAGAUGCAACCUUAUGCACACAUGAACGGGGGCAGAAAGAACGAACGGGCAUUACCACUGCCCCAGUCGUCGGCCUGCUGAUAUCAGACCAGUCCCUCAUUGUCCUCUUACACAGGGUAACACAAACCUCUCCUCCAUCUCUUAAGGAGGGAUGGCUGAGGUAAGAAAUGACUUGCUUCUCUACUGUGUGCCAGUAGAUGGUCUCUCCACUCCUCUAAGGUCAAACUCAAAAGUGUAAAAACUGAAGAAUGACAGAAACCUGCUAAAGCAUUUGGAGUUUGGCGGCUCAGACUCGACACUGGGGAUCUCCUUCCUGUGCGGCCUGUGCUUCCGUCAUCGAGUCCUUCAAGAAGGAAAACAAACAGAGGCACGUGUCCUGAUUUACAGACACGAACAUUGAGAAAAUAAUUUUUAACAUAUCUGCCAGCAAAUCGAACAGAAGAGCACUUUUUCCCCUGAUGAUAUCAGAGAGGAUGUUGUGGAUAUCUGAGUGUGUAUUUAUACAAACACGUGAUUCUCUCUAUAAUAUGUUCUAAAAGUGACUUUCCAUCAACAAUGACUUUGUGGUCGUGAGCAGACCGGCUCGUAUCAUGUGAGGAUGCCUCAAUCAGAAAGUUUGGACUAAGAUAAUUGUUUUGUUUUCCUGUUGAUAUUUCUGUGGGUGUGGAUCCCGUCAGGAGUGGGUCACAAUGGAAGAGGAGGGGCCUGUUGUGUAUCUGCCAAACUGUUGCCAAAAUCAAGCUUUGUCUCUCCUAUUUCAAACAGGCCUCCCUUCUAGUUUAAGGCUGUGAUUCAGAGUUGAGAUUUGCAUUUUUGCGGAAAUGUUACCAAAAUUGGUGUGUGUGUGUCUGUGUCUCAGAAUGCAGCAUCUGCACUGGGGCUGGACUAAACCUAGAAAAGCUUGUGGAAAGAAACACAACAGUAAAUAAGUGAAUUGCAGAGAAACCUGUAUGAAAGCAAGACUAUGUUAGUUUCCUUCAGGAUUUCAGAAUGUAAGCACAGGCAUCUUUAAGUAGAAUAAAAACUUGUCAACAGGAUCCAUAGACACAAAAAUCUAUGGAGGGAUAAUUUCCUUUAUUAAACAAAAUGACAAGAUUUUAUUGGUUCCAGCUUUUCCCGAGUUCGAAGAUAUCACCUCCGGCUGUCUGCACUAUUUUUCCAAACCAAAUCCAAAGAAUCGAUUGACUAAUUGAUAAUGCUAAUAAUUCUCUUUGCACCAACAUAUUCUUCUUGUAUCAUUACAUUUAAAAAAACCUGCAUGCUGUUGCAAACGAGGGAUUCACCUAAGUUUUCUACCCAAAUCCAUUUAGAUCAGAGAAAAAACUUGAUCCCGUCAUCACUUUCAUGUUGUGAGCAUCUGAGGGAAGAAACAUGUGACUCCAGUCAGUCCGCUCUGAAUCACAGCCUCUCUCUGUCUUUGUUCUAUCAAAGCAUCAAAAGUCCCGCACUGCAAAAAAACAACCCAACUCCAGAAUGGACGGACACGACUCCGCCUCCGCUCCCAUUUACUCAAAACCUUAUCUGACGUUUUUUAAGUGUGCGUUGCACCUGGAGGGUGAAACUGCUGCUCGGAUGAAACGGCACCAAAUGACACCGCGGCAAACGGAGUCGAAUAAAACGAGAAGGUGUUGGAUCGGUGAAGUAGCCUAGAGACGACUUUUAAACCACAGCAGGUCUCUUUUAGAACAGUCCUUCGUUUCUCUACAUUUCAAAACACAUAUAAAAGGUCUUACAGUUGCAUUUUAGACUGCAGGAUCGUUUUUAUACACAUCAUUGGUUUUUGUCACUUUUAAGAGAAAACUUUUUACAGUUCAAAAUGUUUUGCCUCUAUUGUUGUACAGAACAAAAGCUGCUAUUUUAUUCUUUAUUUCUUCUUUUUGGAUGUUCUAUAUAAAGGAAUCCUUCAGGUUUGGUAUUUUAUGGUCUCCACUACAGUCCAUUUCUUAUAUCUUUAAAAAAUAAUAAAAGUAAAACUACAAAAAUAAAAUGAUUUAGACAUAAACAACAAAGAAAAUAAAAAGUGUUGCUCCUGUUUCCCCCAAAGUUUUUUUUUCUUUUCUGUAACACUACAUUAUGUUCAUUGCCUUUAAUUUUUUUAUGAAAUGUUUCUUCUGUAUUUGUUUUGUGGAUGUCAAUAUUAUUAUUAUUAUUAUUAUUAUUAAUAUUAUUAUUAAUAUUAUUAUUAUUUUGGAAUGGACACCUUAGCUCGAUGUGUGAGCGUGUACUUUCUGCACACUUUUUUGUACUUUGUUGUCUAGCACUGCGCCUAGCGUCGCCCUCUAGGUGCGUCUCAAUCUCAGGUCAAGUAAAGGCUUUGCUUUCUCCACACAUUCUCAUGAUCGUCCUCUACAUGUCUCCCCCUGUACCUCCUCACCCGCCCCGUGGUCAUCUUGUUGUGCCGAGUCCAAUAGCGCCCCCUAUCUUUCCCUUUGGCCCCUCAGUGACCUCUACAACAAACUGUACCUGCCCCCCUUUCCGUGCCUCCUUUUGAAGUCAGGAUGAGUUCCAGUAUACCUUUGUACUAGAGCUGGUAUUUUUAACCCAUCCAUAUUCUUGCCUCUUCUCAAAAACCUAUAGGGCUAAUUUGGGUUGUCUUGUUUGCCUUAAUUACGCCGACCAUCUUUCACCCAUUCACAAAAUCAGUUUUCUUCUCCCUCCCUUUUUUAAAAAUUUGUUAUCAUUAUUACUCAAACAAGCGCAAUACGACGACGCCACUUCUGUCUUCAAAGCGAGAACAGGUCUUAUUUUGUUUGUCUUCAUAAAGAAUCACUGCUCCUGAAAGCCAAAUAAAAGAAUGGGUUAAAGUCCAGGGAAGGGAACACAUUUCAACGGCAUGAAUGGAAAAAAAAAGGUCUUAAAACGGAGGCUGAAAAGGUCAAAAGAGUGUUUUUGAAGGAUUUUCUCCUCAUUGUUGGAAAUGUUGCCUGGUGAGUUUUCUCUCUCUCCCCCUCUUUGUUUUUGAAGUUUUAUUUUUUUCUUCCUGUAGGAGUGUUAUUUAUUUAUUUUUUUCCUCUUCCUUUUUUUUUUGUGAUAUCAGUUUGAAUCACUGUAUAAAUGCCCCAUGAUUCAGUAUAAAGUUUUUUUGUAUGUA